AUGUUCGCUUAUUCGACGUCUUCAUUCACAGGAUCCACUCUAUCAGUCAGAUCAUUUUCCAGUGAUACAACUAUAUCCAAUGCGUUCUUCAAUCUACCACAGAAUCAUGUUCGUGGCCGUCUUCAUGCCAAAAAAAGAAACAUCCAACAGGCAAAACGUCGGAACAAGCGCGCUCCACUGAGAACUCAUCCACAAAUUCCACGACAGAAAAAAGAAUAUAUUCAACAUGAACACAGUAUCGAUUUUCAUACUGCUUACGAAGAAACGCUACUCUUCCUCUGUUCUCCACUCCACGUGUUCAUUUUUCAGAUGUCGCUGUUUCGGAACUUUUUCGGCGGUGGACAACCAGAUGACGACGAAGACAAUGGAGCUGAGUUUGUAGAGACGCUUGUAGAACGAGUGGAGACAUGCAGUGCUCCAGAAGAUCGUAGAGAUGCGCUCAGAGCUCUGAAAGGUGUUGCAAAGCAAUACCGUCUAGCUGUUGGAACGAUGGGUAUGAAUGCCUACAUUGAUGUACUCGAAACAGAUCGAUUGAAUUCGGAAACUAUGACUCUUGUUCUCGAUACACUAGCUACAGUCUUAUCAGCAGAUGAUGACUCCUCUGAAUCUGAUGAAUUAGGAGAACGUUUAGCGGAAAUGAUGAUCAAAAGAAAAGGAUUCAUCGCUUCUGUUUUGGCUGCGGUUGAUCAAUUUGAUUUUGGAGUUAGGAGAACUUCAGUUCAACUACUUUCCAAUUUACUACGCCACCGAGGUACAGAAGUACAAAAUGCCAUUCUUCAACAACCAGCUGGACUUUCCAAACUGGUAGAUAUUAUUCAUGACAAUCGUGAAGUGAUCAGAAACGAAGCUAUUCUGAUGAUUUGUGAAUUGAGUAGGGCAAACUCACAAAUACAACAAUUGCUUGCUUACGAUAAUAUAUUCAAUGAUCUUCUUAACAUCAUCGAAACAGAGCCUCUUGAUAGUAUUGUAAUCGAGGAUUGCUUGUUUGUAAUGCUAAACUUGCUCCGCAAAAACUCCAUGAACCAACAACUCUUCAGAGAAAAUCAGUUAGUAGCUCGGCUCGGUGGUAUUUUGCACACAUUUUUGUACGGACAUGAAGAAACUGAAGAAGUUGAUGUAGAUAGUGCAGAAUGGCCAAAGCAACGGACUGCUAAUGUUAUAUUCCUUCUUCAAAUAAUCCGUACUCUUGUCAGUCCUGAUAACAACAGUCAAAACACACAUGCUGCUCAAAAAGUUUUGAAUCAAACUAAAAUCCUUGAAGAACUCAUCCGUGUCCUUUUAUCAGAAAUUGGCGCCUCUGUUGAGAUUCUCACUGAAUCAAUCAUUGUCGUGGCAGAGGCAAUCCGUGGUAACUACACAAACCAAGAACUUUUCGCUAGUACUGUUCUGGACAAUGGAGAAGAUGCACCGAGAUCAUCACUUGUUGUUCUUCUUAUAUCUAUGACAGCUGAAAAGCAAACGUACAAACUGCGGUGCGCCGUAUUCUACUGCUUCUUGUCUUACUUGUUCGAUAACGAAUUCGGAAAAACUCGAAUAAUCGAAACACUUUUACCGAAUUCACAAAACCAAAAUACUCUAACCACUGGAGCACUAAUUAUGCAGGCCAUAUCUUCGGCGGAAUCUGUUCAAGCAUGGUUUGGAUGUGUAACUCUCAUGCACUGUCUUUAUGAUGUUGAUCACUUAUGUGAGCAACUGCUUCGUGUCAAACUCACUGUCGUUGCUGAUCAACAGCCAGAAUUGAGUUUACUGGAUCAUGUUUCACAACUCUUGAUUUCUGCUGGAAAUCGUCGACCACAAACAAGAGCUGGUUUACUAAUGCUUUUGGGAGUUUGGCUUCAAAAUUGCCCAAUGGCUGUUUCUGCUUUUAUGGCGAAAGAGGACAAUCUUCUCUAUUUAACAACCAACAUCGUGGACGAAUGUGGAGAAGGAUCAGAAAGUGAACAACAGGCUCUUCGUGGUUUGAUGGCUUUUGUUCUGCUUUCAUGUCUCAAGAAUAUUCAAGAGAAAGAUGUCAGAACUUCAAUAGAAACUCUGAUUUCAAGAAGAGUUGGAAAAGAAGUUGUUCUUUCGGCAUUGGAAGGAUUAUCACGAACUGAACAAUUUGUAAGAGCCGCACAAAAACAACAACCAUCAGAAAAUAAUAAGAACAACCUUUUCCUUGAUUUCAAUUUUGUGAAACUGUUCAAAUCACUUGAAGGAACAUUGGCUAAGCAGUUGAAACCGAAUGGAGAAUUUAACGGAUCCAGCAAUGACAGUAUAAUUCAAUCGUUCAAAGAACUCAUAAAACGGCAGGAUGGAGAUAUUGCACAAUUGAAACAAGAAAAUAAGAAGAUGAGUACAGAAAUUGAGAAAUUGACAUCUGAAGCUCAGAAUAAAGAGACCGAGAGAGAAUUGGAGCAACUACGAAUUAAACUAGAAGAAUCGACCAGUUUCAAAACACAAACUGAAGUGUUGAACAGUCAGUUAGCUGAAGCACAAAGAUUAACUCAACAAUGGUACGCAGAAGCAGAAAGAUAUAAACAAUGGGCACAACAGUGGCAAAACUAUCAACUCGCUCAAGUUCCGAAUGCUGCUGAAGUUGGAGUUACUCAGUUGCAGCAACAAGUAGCCGAAUUAGAGCAACAACUUGGAUACGGUUAUCAAGCAUUUGAACAACAGUCUCAAACGAUUUUGCACUACACUGCAGAAAAUGCGCAACUCCGAGAACGACUCGUUAAAGCAGAUGCUUCGAUAUCAGAACUGACUUCAAAGAUAGCUAUAGUGAAUUCUCAACCGCCUUCAAACGGAGUGGUAGAGAACGGAGAUCAGAAAUCUGACGAUGAGUUAGUAAAACUAAAACAAGAACAAGAAGAACUUUUGAUGCUUCUUGCUGAUCAACACAAUAAAAUGUCAGUUUAUCGACGUCGUCUCAAAUCUCUUGGACAGCCAGUGACAGAUGAUGAAGACGAAUAG